AUGGAGGUUUCAGGCAUUCCAUCCACUGGAUACCGAGUCAUUCGGGCUCAGUAUACACCAACAACCGUCACUGUCUACCAGGCCUACCCCUCCGAAAUCGCAGAUGCAGCCAUUCAAGCCCAGACGUUUGUCCCGCCAUUUAUUCGCCAGCGGAUGACCUGGAUCAAGCCAUCCUUUUUAUGGAUGGCGUAUCGAUCCGGCUGGGCCACGAAAAGUCAACAGGAGCGGGUCCUGGCCAUCGAGGUUAGUCGGGAAGGGUUCGAAUGGGCACUGCAGCACUCUUGCUUGAGCCAUGGGGGUGGAACAAAAGACCGGGUAUGGCGCCAAAGGCUACAAACCACUCCCGUUCGUGUCCAAUGGGACCCGGAACGAGAUGUGCUUUUGCGACCGUUAGGAUAUCGAGCCAUCCAGAUCGGGUUGAGUGGCCAGGCUGUGGAUCGUUACGUUGACGAAUGGAUUGUUUCUAUCACGGAUGUGACCGAUACGAUGAAAAGUAUUUCACGACACCUGGCAGAUGGUGAUUACGAAGCUGCCAGAGCAUGUCUACCCGACGAACAGGUGUACCCAAUAUCCGAGGACCUGCGGACAAUACUACAGGCAACAUAA